AUGGAAAAUUCUUCAAACUCAACAAAUAAUUCUUUCUUGAAUCCUUUACCAAGAGUAAUAAUUAAUGGUGAAUUUACUUUUACUUCGUUCGUUAAAGAACUUGAAGAUAGGCAUAGCUCGUCUAUUGACUAUUUAACAAGCGGAGAUUUGGUUAUCUAUCGUAGUAAUCCAGGGCCUCAAGGACCUAUUGUUCCAACAAAUCUUCGCUUAGGUGAUGCCAUAGCACAGGCUGAACAACGUACAAUACAAUCUGGCAGUCCAAAACGCGCGACAAUCUUAGCCAAUAAUAUUGUUAGAUUUAAUGUAAAAGCUUUAUAA